AUGUAUGGAUUCCAAGAAGCUGAUGAUGAUAUGAAGUUUAUUGAUACUUUACAAAACUGCAGCAAAUUAGAAAGGUUGGAUCUUCGUUAUUGCAACUUUAAGGGACUUGUGCCCGAAUCAAUAGGUAAUCUUUCUAAUCAAGUUAGAUUCCUAAAUUUACAGGGAAAUCAAUUAUAUGGAAACCUCCCUUCAAGUAUAGGCAAUCUAGAUGGCUUGACCAUUUUAGCUUUAGACUAUAACCGAUUCACGGGAAAAAUCCCCUCCACCAUUGGUAAUCUUAAAAAACUACAAAUUGGUGACCUGUCUGACAACCAAUUUUCAGGGCCAAUUCCAGAUGCCAUUGGGAACUUAUCCUUGUUAAUUACACUUGAUUUAAGCACCAACCGAUUGGAAUGGCAUGUUCCAUCAAUCCUAGGAAAUUGUCAUCAACUAUCGGAGUUGUACCUUGAUGAAAACAACUUCAGCGGCAACAUACCUAAACAACUUCUUCAACUUUCAUCUCUAAACAUAGCAUUAGGUCUUUCUCAAAACAACAUGUCUGGGUCACUUCCAAAAGAGGUUGGUGACCUCAAGAUGUUGACUUCUCUGGAUUUAUCUGAUAACAGAUUUUCAGGUAACAUUCCUAGCAGCAUUGGUGGUUGCACUAGCCUUUUACUCUUAUCCCUCAAAGGCAACUUGUUCCAGGGCAGUGUACCACCAUCAUUAGGUUUCUUGAGAGUCCCAGGGAUAGGAGUGUUUGCUAAUGCAAGUGCAUUCUCUGUUUUGGGGAAUAGUAAGCUUUGUGGUGGGUUGGCUGAGCUUGGGUUGCCCAAAUGCAAGGAGAAAAAGAAACAUAAAAAAAGGUUUCCUUUGUUCCUAAUAAUCAUUUUGAUUGCAUCCCCACUUUUCAUGGUAUUAUGUUUUGUGUAUGUUUGGUGUAAGAAAAAGAAGAGCCAACCAACUCAAUCAUCAACAGACGAACGAUUCAUGAAAGUAUCAUACAAUCAACUUCUCAAGGCUACAAACAGCUUCUCCGAAGCCAAUUUGAUUGGGAAGGGUGGCUUCAGCUCUGUUUACAAAGGAAUCCUUCAUCAUGAGGAUAGACUUGUCGCAGUCAAAGUUAUACAUCUUCAAAACCCAGGUGCUCACAAAAGCUUUAUCUCAGAAUGUGAAGCAUGGAAGAGUAUUCGACAUCGAAAUUUAUUGAAGAUAAUAACGUCAUGUUCAAGUGUUGACUUUCAAGGAAAUGACUUCAAAGCUCUCGUAUACGAGUUCAUGCCUAAUGGUAGUUUACAUGAUUGGCUACAUUUAAAUGCAAGCACAUCGACACUGAACCUUCUUCAAAGAAUAAGUAUUCUUAUAGAUGUUGCAUCUGCACUUGAUUAUCUUCACAAUCACUGUCUACCAGCCAUUGUUCACUGUGACUUGAAGCCUAGCAACAUUCUACUCGAUAAUGACAUGGUGGCCCAUGUUGGAGACUUUGGUUUAGCUCGAUUUCUUGGAACAGAUUCAAACCAAAACAGCACAAGUGGGAUCCGAGGAACAAUUGGGUAUGCAGCUCCAGAGUAUGGUGGUGGGAGUGAGAUGGCGAGUAGUGGGGAUGUCUACAGUUUUGGAAUACUGUUGUUGGAGGUGAUAACAGGGAAAACACCAACAGACAACAUCUUUACCGGAGGUCUUAAUCUUCAUAAGUUUGCUUGCAUGGUCUUACUGGACCAUGUCACCGAUGUUGUUGCUGAUGACCUCGUACAUUUUCUUCAAGAGGAUGCUAUUGCUACACAAUGUACAUUAGAAAAUGCAAAGAAAACAGAGGAAUGUCUAUCUUCAAUUGUCAAGAUUGGAGUAUCGUGCUCUGUGGAUUCCCCACCACAACGAAUGAAUAUUGAAAAUGCUCUGCAUGAGUUGCAGCAGAUUCUGGAUACCCUUCAAAAUAUCUGAGGUGGCAUGUUGUUGUUGUUGUUCUCUCCUUUUAAGUGAAAGCAGAAGUAAUAAAGAAGCCUUUUAUUCUUGAUAUUACUUGUAUUCGUUUUAUUAAAUCAUUAGACACUUGGCUACCUUGGGUUGGAAUUCAGUCAGCAUUGCUUCAUCUUUGUAGUUAAUUAUCGUGAUAAAUAAACCAUUCGAUCCCAGUUUGAAUUGUUCCCAUGUGCAUGUCAAUUUAAAAAAUCGUAUAGAGCAUGAAAAUAUAUU